UUUCUUUAAAGACAGGAUAUCAAUAAGAAUGAAGCGUUUAUCUUUUAUAUCAUACUUAUUGAUCGUACUGUAUAUUUGUUUUCAGGUUGUACAUGGUGUAGCCAAUACAACAGAAAGCAAAAACAUCCAAGAUAUCACGUCAAGAGCAGAGCCAUCUGCUGGUAAUAGUCAAGCUGGAAAAUCAGCUGCUACUAAUGAUGAAAGUUCUGCUGUAAAGUCUGAUGAUGUAAGUACUACUACCACUUCUACUGCUUCUGCAACUACAUCGACUGCCCCUUCGUCGGCACGUACUCCUAAAGAACCAACCACUGACUCUAACUCUUCUAUGUUCCCUACCACUACCUCUAAUUCUCAACCCACUUCCAUUACCUCUUCUAAACCUACUCCCACUACCUCUGAUUCCCAACCUACUCGCACAUCACAGACCAGUCGAUCAAACAAUGAUGGAAACGGACCAAGCGCUGCUGCUGUCUCAUCGGGUUCCUCUUCUGAUAACAACCCGGCAGCAACAAGUAAGCCUACAACAACACCAGACCCUACGACAACACAGGAUCAACCUAGUCCUCCUACGUCCAAAACUACAGAUCCUCCAACUACAUCUGAUCCAGCACCUACCACCACUACAAAUCCUCCCACUACAUCUAAUCCAGCACCUACCACGUCUGCUAAGCCUACUACAUCAAACCCACCUCCCUCUUCAACAACUGCUCAACCCAGCACUACCACUGAUGCCAGCUCAUCAUCAGUUGUCCCCUCUUCUUCAUCUGCGGCUUCGACUACGUCAUCCGCAACUUCUUCCUCUGUAUCGAGUUCUUCUAAAGCAACAUCCACAGGCACUCCUUCUACAUCCGGUCCUUCUUUAACAUCGGCUUCUGCCAGUCCUUCUGUUACUUCUGCCGUUCCUUCUCCAAAGCCAUCUGGCUCUCAAUCGACUAAUACAGGCGCCAUCGUUGGUGGCGUUGUUGGUGGUAUCGUUGGCGUUGCUUUAAUUGGUGGUCUCAUAGCCUUCAUCAAUCGACGCGGCGGAUUUACUAGCCGAUCGAGAAAGAGAGGCGACGGUAAAGACGAUUACACGAUCGAUAUGAAUCAAAAUGACUUUGGCCCAUCCGCUGCCGCUGUAGGUGCUGGCGCCGCAGCAGCAGCAGCCCCCAUACCUCCCUUUGAUAAUCAUCGUUAUCCACAUUCUCCUCAGCCCAUGUAUAAUACAGCUGCUUCAGUGCCUAGUGAGCCUUAUAACGAUUAUCAUGAGGGCUAUAGUCAAGUAGGCGGAUACAGCCAAGGUGGUUACAGCCAAGAGGCUUUCCAUCCUGAUAAUGCUGGAUACCAAGACAAUUACGGUUACUAUGGAUACGGUGCAGGUCAACAAGGAUAUGAUACAAAUGCAUAUUAUAAUGAACAGGCUUAUAUGCAACCACAACAGCACCAAAAUAUGUAUCCAACAUCGCCUACCACUGUUUCUGGUAAUAUGUCAGAAGCUGGUUAUCACUCUUAUUCCGGGGCCCCUGGUGUUGCCCCUGGCAUUGCUCCAGGAGAUAAACCCAACUUGAAAGAAUAUAACAAGCCUAACGAGUUAUAAGUUCAAGGAAUAGAGGCAUAUGUAAUUUAUUAUUGUAUUACUUAAUACAAUUAAUCAUAGAACAUCUCUUUCUCAUCUUUCAAAAUAGACCUUUCAUUUUCAUGUAUAAAUGGAGAAACAUUUUAACCUUUUGUUACUUUGUAAUCAUAAAUAAAG